UCUCUCCGACGAUGGUUGCCGCGCACACUUCUUCCCAUCCGUCUGCGUCCGCCGGGUGGAUCAUAUGUCUAGAUAAGAGGCCCACAGAGCGAUCCAGAGAAGACGUGGACGUCAUCCUGGCUCGGCUGCAGAACCUCAAGGCCUUUGAGAGGUUCCACCCAAGUGUGCUGCAGCAGAUAUGUAUGCAGGGCUUCUACGAAUACCUGGAGAGAGGCAUCACGUUGUAUCGCCAGGGAGACAUCGGUACCAGUUGGUACGCUGUGCUGUCAGGCUCGCUGGAUGUUAAGGUGUCCGAAACAGCGAAUCACCAGGAUGCGGUCACCAUCUGUACGCUGGGGGCCGGGACGGCGUUCGGGGAGUCGGUCCUGGACGACCGGCCGCGCCACGCAACCCUCGUCACCCGGGAGACCAGCGAGCUGCUGCGCCUCGGACAGACGGACUUCAGGUGUCUGUGGGGGAAUUAUCACCAGUUUAUGGCCGGCCUGCUGCCCCCGCCUUACGGUGUCAUGGAAAACAGCCGCAGUAACGACCAAACGCCGGACAAAGAGAACAUCAGCAACAACACCGCAGGGCCACUCGCCAAACAUCUGAAUAAGAAGCCACUCAUUCAAAGUCCAGCCAAAGCCCAGUUUCCUAUAUCAGUUUCCCAGAAGGUUCCGUCGGAGAACGUCCUGCGGGCUGGGAAGGUUCUCCAUAAGGCCAUCCUGGCCCGGGCACCUCACAUGAUCCGAGACCGCAAGUUCCACCUGAAGACCUACAGGCGCUGCUGUGUGGGGAUAGAGCUGGUCGACUGGCAGAUGCAGCAGAGCUGUGUCCACUCCCGGAGCCAGGCAGUGGGCAUGUGGCAGGCCCUGCUGGAGGAGGGGGUCCUCAACCUCAGUGAGGCUCACUGGGAAGUGGACCAGGAGCUCAGCUUCCAGGACAAGUACGUCUUCUACCGCUUCCUGGGUGACGAGCAGGAGGCCCCGGCCCCGCCCGGCGACGGGGAGCCGAAGGAGGGCCCCGACGAGCUGCAGGAGGCCCUGGGGCUCCUGGCCCAGCUCGGCCCCGACGCACACCUCCGCAUGGUGCUCAGGAAACGGCCGUCAGAGAGGACGGCAGACGAUUUGGAGAUCAUCUAUGAAGAGCUGCUGCAUAUAAAAGCCUUAUCCCAUUUAUCCAUCACUGUGAAGAGAGAACUGUCGGGGGUACUGAUCUUUGAGUCUCACGCCAACGCCGGCACAGUGUGUAAGCAACUACGAACCAACAGGGGGACAAACAGAAUAAAUAUACACGUCUGCAAAACCUAGACGCAGAUGCACUUACAGCCAGAUUAUCUAUAAUUUACAUUUCCUUGUUUAUGUUAAGCAUUGAUGCAUAUCGUGUAAGGCCUAGAAUGAUGCAUGCAUCACCAAGCACAAAGCUUUCGCUAUGUGAGGAUUUGUUCAUUGGAGGCAACAACACAUUCAUAUUUAUCUUAAUAACCACCAUGGAUGAAGUUUGAA